UGAGGGCACUCAUGUCAUGUCAAUUGUCAAUUGUCAUAUUUAUCAUUUGUAAUUAAAAUUGGUCGCUGUUUUCAUUUGGACUAAGUAAAAGUUAUAAUCAGCUUCGAAACUAAGCGAAUUAAAUUAGUAAAAACAGUAUUGCUAAAUUAUAAUUAUGAACGAAGACGAAAUAACCGUUUUAAGCGGUAAUAAUUUCAGAGAAAUCACGCAAAUACUAGAGAAUUUUUUAAAAGUUAAUGACAACGUGUUUUCGUUUCCUUUCCUAUUGUCGAAUAACAGACGUGUUUCGUUAUGGGCAACGUUAUUUCAACAUCUUCAGUCAAAAUCUUCAGAAAGUAUUCAUGUUCUGUGCUUAGCUACAAUAAGGCUUUUAAGCCGAGAUAAAACUGAACUUGAGAGUUUGAUCUGCGAAAAAUGGAUCGUAACAUUAAUAGAAAAAGCAGGUUUGUUCAACUUCGUUGAUCCAGAAGAUACAAUGGAUGCUGAUAUGCCUGUUAAGGAAGUGGUUGUUGAGGCACUAAAAUGUUUGUGCAACAUAGCUUUCAACAGUGAAGUGGCACGGGCGUUGUGUGCACACACUAGUAUAGCCCAGGGGCUAGUAGCAAGAUUACGCUCCUAUAAAGAAAUAUCCUUUAAAGAUGAAAUAAUGCUGUUUGAUAUGAAAUUGUUAUUCAUUUUGACAGCCUUAAGACAAGACAUAAAGGCUAAAAUAAAAAAUGAUUUACAUGGAAUGGAUUACUUGAUAAGCUGUUUGAAUGAGCUUGUUGUUGAAGCAACAGAGCCUCAAAUGGAGGUUGCUGGAGUUAGUGAUGUGAUUGAGGGGUCCCAUAACUGUUAUUUACAGGAGAAUCAACAAGCAAUAAUGUGUGAAAUAUUAAAGACUCAGUUCAACCUCAUGUUGCAUUCUGGUUCGGAGGAGCCAGUGAGUGAAGAAGAUGAGGGAAUGUACCUAAGACUAAUGCCAGCAUUAACUACGUUGCUAUAUGCUCAUGUACCAACACAAGAGAAAUUGAUGGAGCUACACAGUAAUAUUGCUAACUUAUUGACCAGUAUUCCACCGGUUUUCUAUCAGUAUUUGACCCCGGAGUUGAAUGAUGGGGAAACAGCACAAAACAUAUAUGAUGGCAGGAACAUGGAUGCUUUACAAGCCUUGCUUCAGCUUUUGCAAUAUAGACUCUCAAUAACCACAGGUACUAAAAAUCAGUAUGAAAAUCUGUCCCCAAUAUUGACGGUUUUGAACAAGAGCGCCCGCGGUUGUCGAGCUCAAAGGAAGUAUUUAAGGCUAGUUGUGUUGCCACCCUUGCGAGAUGUCUCUAGACCGCCUGAGAAAGGGCACACACUUCGUAAUCAGCUGUGCAGGCUUCUUACUACCCCUGUGACAUCUGUUAGGGAUCUGGUCGCCGAGUUUCUAUUCAUUCUGUGCAAAGAGAAAGUGGGUCGUAUGGUCAAGUAUACUGGAUUCGGCAACGCAGCCGGUCACUUAGCACAAAAGGGUUUGAUGGGCAGCAGCCGCGGGCCCGUGCUGUACUCUUCGAGCAGUGAGGACUCGGAUACGGAAGAGUAUUUGGAAGCACAACCUCGCAUCGACCCAGUCGUGGGAUGCACAAGACCGCCCCGGUCGAACCCGUUCGAGGGCAUGACCGACGAGCAGAAAGAAUGCGAGGCGAUGAAGCUGGUGAACCUGUUCGACAAGAUGCUGUCGGACGGCGCGGUGAAGCCGGCGCGCAUCGGGCCCGACGGCCGCCCGCAGCCCCUCGACCACGUGCUCGAGAUGCGCGAGUGCCCCCCCAACCGCCCGCAGUCCUAACUACAUUCGACGACUCCAGACAAGUCUCAGCACUGACAGCAAUAUAUUCCGUAUAUUAUCUAUGCUCAUAUUAAAACCUGAUUGUUCGCGUAGCGUAUCCGUACAAGCACGACCUGGUACACACAGGACAUUUUUCUUCUCUGUCUCUGACUGUGGUGUCUGCUGGUCUCGGCGCAGUUAGUAUGAGAAAAGCAGAGAAAAAUUAAUAUAAUUUGUCCGAUUUAUUUAUGAUUAAAUCUUGAUACGGUUGUAUCAAGUGUAGCUGUAAGUAACGAGGAGAUAUUUGCUGAUAACUCUCCAUGUAUUUUACGUGCAUUAUUUAAUGACCCAAUUUUUUUGAAAGGCUUUUAUACUAGUGUAUCCUUACAAUGGCGCCUAUGAACAUUCUAUCAGCCAUCUAGCGGUAGAUAUGUGUAUUAGAAUUACUACUGAAAAUUUAGUGUGCCUGCCACAGUACGUAGUGGAUACGCUACGCGCUGGUAAACAUGAGUCGACCUUUACACUUCGAGCAUUCUAGAAGACAUAUUCUGUUUUAUUAUAAUUAUAAACUACAAUUUUAUCGAUAUCACGUUAUAAUGUGUGACAAUUAAAAAAAGUAUGUAUCAUCUUUAUAGUAAUGAGUAUAUUAUUUGAAUGACUGGAUUAUACUUUGUGUUCUCGGAUGAUAAUAUGAAAUAAUUUUGUGUGUAAUUUGAGUACCUACAGAUUUGGUACGGAUAUGUUUAUUUAUGAUGUUAUUAGUUGAUGUUGGGGUUGUAAUGUUAUUUUUUUAUUCAACACGGACGAAAUAUUGAGUAAAAGUAACACUCAACUCAUUAUAUAUAAAUAAAUAAUGUGCAAUUGUGUUAGCAUUACGUACAAACUUUUUUAUUUAAUCUUCCAAUCGUUUUUAAAUGUUUUUUUUUUCAGUGAUAAAUAUAUAUAAUAACCGUAAAAGAGAAUGUUAAUAUCUCUUUAUUGUCUAUGACACAAAAAUACAUUUUAAUAUAGUUAAUAUUAUUUCUAUUUCACUCAAUAACUUUGUAUAAGUAGUAAAUAUUUCUUUCGUGUAUAUCAUAUAAUAUGUACUUCUAAUUAAUAAAGUGACGGGCUGUUAUUGUGUAUAUUUUAAAUCGAUUUAUAUUCAAUUCAAUUUUAAAUUCAUAACGAUUCUUUAUCAAUUAUAGCAAAAUAAAAAUUAAGAUUAAAUAAAAUUCGUCGCAUUGCAUAGUGUAGUCGCUGUUUAGUGUUUGUCUUUAUGCACUUUGAAAUAGAAUAGGCCAAAGUUAUAUUUUAUUUAUAAGAUUUUCUAGUUAUGUCUAGUCAGUAUAAUUAUUUACUUAUAUUAUUAUAUUUUCUUGCAUAGUAUAUGCAUUGUUUAUUAUAUAAAUAAAAUUGUAACUUUUAAAUAUAACUAGAUUUUGAUCUAGAACUACAUAUAUUAGUGGAAUUACGAAACUAGAUGAUAUUUUCAAAAAUGUUUUAUUCAAUUUAGAUGUAUCGUUUUAUAUCUCUUAAAUUUAAAUAUAAGAAUAGCUAA